CCACCAACCAUUAAACUCCAACCACCGUCGACAUGAACUAGGAGUUUCUGACAGUUAUUUUUCGUCAGCAGCUGCUGCAAUCUCCGAGGAAAUCUGCGAAAUUUUCAGGUUGGCUUAAAACAGUGGGCUGUCGCCGGGCCAGUUCCGCAAUUCCACAGCCACCUCGGUAUCUGCGGGACCAGGACGAGAGUGCGCAAACGUCUUUGCAUCGCUCAAUGACAUCUCGAGAUCUUCGGUGUAUCUGAAAUGUUCCGCCAAUUGCUCACGCCAUUGAGUACACGCUUUGCGCUGCCCCCGCUGUCCCCUUUGCGAUCAUCCCAAACAGAGAGCGCCGACCAAGAAGAUGCUUUGGCAGUGGAAGACUUCGCCCAGGAUGCUCUCAUCGAAGUGAUGCGCACCUCUGUAGACCGUUUGAAGGCUACGGAGCAGUUGGAACAGAAACUCGAGAUCCUGACGGAAAUACAUAGGCUAAUGCUGGAGGAUGCGAGGACAAGGGACGUUUUCCGUGAAAUGGACGGCUUCCUAGUUGUAAUGAAUGCUCUAUCGACCAUACCGACCGCUGCUGGAGGUAAUAGCGACCUGCAGCUCGUGGUCCUCGAAGCAACGCGACUAGUAUUCGUUAUUCUUGCUGAGGCUCUCUAUCAGCACAGGGAGAACAUGGACUAUUUCAAGCGUUCAGUUGGAUUUGAGCUACUCUCGCAGGCCAUGCGUGGUUUGGUAUCAGAACCUACAACCGUGAAACACACUCUUGGGUUUCUCGUGGCUCUCGCACUUCACAAAUUUUCCAUGUCUGGUAUCUUUGCAUACGAACCUGACGCAGAUUACGACCAAUUGGACCAUCGGAUCCGCGACUUCGAGUCAGCAUUCGGAUUCAUUUAUCUCCCUCAAGCUCUCCUUGUACUGUAUAACUUCAUCCCACUGGCAUAUUCUGCUGAUGCGCCACUACGAUAUUGCAUUCUGAAAUUGCUGGAGCGAUUGUCGCAUCACAACCAUAGAAACCACUGCGUGUUGGGCAGCCUCGAUCUAGUUGGGCCACUCUUCCGGCGAUACUGCGAAUGGAAGGACGAUGACACCGUGAUGAAGCGAGAACGUCAGGUCGUUCAAAAGCUGCUGCGGAGACUGGUUGAUGUUGGCACCACCACGGAGGACGCAAGACUUAUGUUUCAACACGUCGUCCGGGAGGAUGAGGCGCUAGAUAUAGAUAUUCUAGAAGUGCUGCGCGCCGGAAUGAAGGUGAAAUGGCCGGAGCACUUCUCCCUGGAAGCUCCGGCGACAUUGCAAGUAACGCAGUAUGAUAUGAAAGGGCUUCCUUCUACAGGAUUCACCUUUAUGAUAUGGCUCUGGGUUGAGAGGUUCCCGACCAGCGAUGCACACUCUGUCUUCACCUGCAUGCUAAAAAAUCGUGCCCUGUUCGAACUGAAGAUUCGUCCAGAUGGCUCGCUAGAGUCUCGGAGUGCGGGCUCUCAGCAGACUGCUUCUUUGAAAGCGACGGUUGCUCGAACGCGUUGGACCCAUAUCACCUGUGUCCACCAUCCUCAUCGAUCAUCCAAUCCUACUCUCCGGGUCUUCAUUGAUGGCAUCUUGACCGAUGCACUGAAUUGGCACUAUCCAAAACCCGAUUCGUCAACGAACGGCAAGUACAUCAUCGGCGACGAUAUUGAGACCACUUCGCUUGGUUGGUGCGUCGCGUCUGCCUACUUCAUUGCUAGUCCGAUAGCCGACAGUUUGCCUCGCUUCAUACAUCAUCUUGGACCGCGCUACACUGCCAGAUUCCAAACCACAGAGCUUGCUAAGUUUCUGACCUAUGAAGCAUCAACUGCACUGCAUAUCAGUCUUGAUGGCGCCGUGCAACAAUCAGUAGCGAAGGCAGAUAUCGCACAAUUGCAACAUGCCAUCAAAGAUGGGCUGGGCAUCGCAGAAUCAUCCGUCAUAUUUGCAAUCUCCACGGCCAGUUCUGUUGCUGACAAUGGCGACCUCGAUGGCCAGCCAGAGGUCGCCAUCGAUGGGAAUGUCUAUGUAGUCAAGAAUCCUGCCUUGGACCUAGUGAUGUGGAAGAUUGGCGGUGCCGCUGUUGCCCUGCGGCUCGUGCAACUAGCAACUAGCACACAUGAGCUCUCUCGCGCGCUUGGUAUCCUAACUGAUGGUAUUAGGAAUAGUUGGCAGAAUUCAGAAGACAUGGAGCAAUUACGUGGUUACGAUCUUUUGGCACAGAUGCUUCGUGGCAAGAGUCAGCUCAUCAACAUCACUGGCUAUGAGACUCUCUUCGAAUUUCUAGGUCUCAAUUUUCGCAAUCCUGACCAGUCCACCGUUGUGAACACGGUCGCGUAUCGCGCGCUGGCGCUUGAUUUCCAGCUGUGGUCGUCUGCGCGAGUGGAAAUCCAGCGUGCGCACAUGGACCAUUUCAGCACGCUUCUCAAAACAAGUAAACAUAAGCGGUUCAAUGCAAAACAACGGAUUGCUAGGAUGGCAGUCCUCCGCAAGCUUCUCUUCGUGCUGCAGACUUCUCUAUAUCAUGAUGAAAUGAUAUCCAACCUUGUGGAGACUGUUGGCGUGGUAGCGCAGGCACAUUUCACUACGGACGCCGCCAUUAAGCCUAUAGUCUCCUAUCUUGCAGCCAACCUGCAUGGAGAUGGAAGGGGUGCUGCAUCCCCCAUAUCAGUAUUAUCGCACAUCGACUACCUGAACGUACAAUCCAAGGCGGAGCAAGUUCUCGAGGUGUUCGUCUCCCUGCUCAUGUCGCCCCCGGCGUAUGCGAAAUUUUCAAAUGCAUUGCCGGUCGCGCGUGUUUGCCUUCUACUUCUCGGCGAACGACCCACGUCCUCUGUGGCGACGCAGAUCUUGCGUCUUCUUACGAUCAGUUUGAAUGCUUCGAUAUCAUUCAAUCGGAAGUUUGAGCUGGUCAGUGGAUGGAGCAUCCUGAAGACCGUAUUGCCUUCUGCUUGGGAUACCGAUGUACAAAAAGCCGCCUUUGAUCUACUUUUUGGGCGGAUAGACAACCAAAGGGAUGACAAUUUGGUUGUUAUCUGCCCGCAAGUCUUCCCCGCUGUAUUGCUUUCACUGAGAACAUAUUUAGAGAUAAUAAGCACAAAGAUCACGAGCAGCAAUACAAACGGGAUUAAUGUCGUCGAGGAUGCGGCUGAACGCUUGCUUGAGCAACUCAUCAACUUGCAUUCGACAGUGCCAUCCUUCCGCCAAAUAUUCAAAUCGCACGCAACGACAGAAAUAUUCAUCAACACGUACAGAAUGUUCGUCGCCUCAGCGUCAACUACUGUGGAGCUUCCCUUCAACACUGUCCGAAUCUUGGAGAAACUCUCCCACUUUGGACUGAGUGUCGCCCUUGACAAUAGUGUAUCGAGUUCGCACAAACAGGAGAUUAUGGAUGUGCUUCAAUCAGCUGAGACGGUUCUAAACCCUCGUUUAUCUCAAGAGACUGCGAUCGACGCGACCGCACUCGUUGGCGGAAAAGCUCGUCAUCGGCGUAUUGGGUCCAUAAUGCUGAGCAUGCACCUGGGAGAGAGCGCUGUCAAGAGAUCGAUCGCCAGAAUCCAUGAUUGGCGUAGAACUGUCGUCACGACAGAGAGAAAAAGACUACGGAAGACGGUCCUCGAUUUGCGUGAAUAUCAUCGUCAAAUUAGCAGUUUAGUAGAUUGGGCAGCUCUGCUCACGAUCGAACGAGGCCUUUGGUCCGACGCUGUGCAUGAGCGGCAGUGGCAGUUGGAUGAAACUGAAGGUCCUUACCGAGUCAGAAAAAAGCUGGAGCCUAUUCGGGAGGUUAUUGUGGAUUACAGAGUAGAUGCAGAUCUACGCAUCGGUAAUCUGCCCCAGCCAGAGACAGACAACAGCUCUGUCAUGCAGCUAGAAGUUCCGCCUUGGGCAGACGGUUAUGACGCCUCGUCCGCCAUUGACAACCAACUAGAAGAAGACAUCGUGGAAGACAAACAUCGUAGAGUGCGGCAUGAACUUGAACCCGGCGACGUCAUAGAAGCCGUGUACACAGUGGCUCGUGUCUUUGGCGUAGACUCGUUUCCCGGUUUGCUCAUUUUCGGGCACACACACUUAUACAUCCUCGAUGGUCUGGUCCAGGACGAAAACGGCGAAAUCAUGGACGCGCGCGACGCAACUAAGAAGUUGUUCUUUGUGCCCGGUAGUAAUGUCGAUUUGAAUGGACCGCAACGAGCCCAGCGGUGGAGCCAUGAUCAGAUCCUCAGCUUCAGCGACCGCACGUUCUUGUUCCGUGAUGUUGCGUUGGAGGUCUAUUUCAAGGACAGCCGGUCACUCUUGAUUGUGUUCCUACAGAAACGGCAGCGUGAGGAGAUGUCUGAACAGUUAUCCUCUAUAGUAUCCCGCCUCGCCGCUGAACAUCCCAUGCCAUCGCCUCUUUUCGCAAAAUCGCCGCUGCUAUCGCCGAUGAUGGGACGGUUCGGCGGAAAACUUAGUGCCACAUUGAGUGCCAAAGUGUUGACUGGCCUAAGAUUGGAUGAGCUCUCCACUGCGCAGCGGAAAUGGCAGGCCAGGGAAAUAUCAAACUUCACCUAUCUAAGCAUCUUGAAUCAAAUAUCGGGUCGGACACCGAGCGACGCGACACAAUAUCCUGUAUUUCCAUGGGUACUCAGCGACUAUAGUUCGAGCACUCUAGACCUGCGCUCUGCUGCUUCUUUUCGCGACUUGUCUAGGCCUAUGGGUGCAUUGACCUCUGCUCGUGAGGAGGCAGCCCGAUCUCGAUACGCCAACCUGGAGAGUGUCGGCGAACGGCCAUUCCACUAUGGGACACAUUUCAGCUCAUCGAUGAUUGUGUGCCAUUUUCUCAUUAGGCUAGAGCCAUUUAGUCAUAUGUUCAAGACACUCCAGGGAGGUGACUGGGAUAUCCCCGAUCGACUCUUUAGUGAUAUCAAGCGAGCGUAUGAAAGUGCCUCUCAGGACGUCCGCGGAGAUGUUCGCGAAUUAAUCACAGAGUUUUUCUCCUUACCAGAGUUUUUGGAGAAUCUGGAUCAUAUUGACUUCGGUGUGCAACAGAACAAUGGUGAAAAGAUAGAUGACGUCAAACUCCCUCCAUGGGCCAAAGAAGAUCCUUUAUUGUUUAUCGCAUUACACCGUGCGGCUCUGGAAAGCGAUCACGUUAGCGAGCACCUCCCCAAGUGGAUUGACCUUAUUUGGGGAUACAAGCAACGAGAAGCCGACGCUUUGAACGUGUUCCAUCCACUCAGCUAUGAAGGAUCAAUAGAUCUUGAUACAAUCACGGAUGAACUGGAGCGAGAAGCCACUGUCGGGAUCAUCCACAACUUCGGCCAGACUCCUCGCAAGAUCUUCCACACGCCACAUCCAGAGCGGAUGAUGCAUGGUGCCUCUUCUUUGCCCAUUGGAACGCUGUAUGGGAUUGUGGAGGAUCACCAUCUGCUCUCACAAAGCUUAAAGGUUGUCAAAGACUUGGGACAGCCAGUACAUGAACUGUCCUUCGACCCUAUCAGCCAGCGAAUCAUUCCGUGCCCGGAAGGACUGCUGUGUGUCCCUUCACGUCCUCACGAGCAGGUUCAGUGGGAUGGACUAGCUGCGGGCGGCGAUCUGAAAGUCCUCGUCGACCAGAAGGUCGUGCAAGUAGUGGAGGCCACAGCCUGCUGUUGUGCGGCAUUUGCCGAUGCGAAUACGAUGGUCACAGGCUCUCGGGACUAUGCCGUGCGACUGUGGCGGCUUGAUCGCCCAUCGCACUCUUUGUCCAGACACAAAGAGGGUCCGCUCAAUGUUGUCCUGACGCAUGUCAUGCGUGCACACACGGCUGAGAUUGUGUGUGUCACUACGUCUCGAGCUUGGUCGAUAGUCGUCAGUGGAUCCAAGGACGGAAGCGCGGUCGUUUGGGACCUGAAUCGCGGUACCUAUGUGCGAUCAUUAUGGUAUGGCACAGGGGAGGAUGCGGCGGUGCAUUUGGCUACUGUCAGCGAGAGCACCGGAUAUAUAGCUACUUGCUCAAGACAGAAGCUCAGCUUGCAUACGAUCAAUGGCCGGCUCAUCACCUCCAUCGGUCUCCUCUCUUCCCUAGCUCCGAACUCUUAUCCGGCCGUUACUUCCAUGGCAUUUCUGGAGCGUGAAUAUUCUCGCAUAGGGCUCCUCGCGACAGGGGGACCAGACGGCACGAUCACUCUCCGGACGUGGAACGCCGAUAGCACUCCGGAGGGUGAGAAGGCACGAUGGGAGUUUGCCACCCUGAAAACACUGAAGGUGAAGGAUCCCGAUGGUGACAUUCAGCCUAGGGGCUUCACCUCUUGCGUGACUGCCCUGAAGUUUGUCGGAGAAUGUCUCUAUCACGGAGAGGAUACAGGGAAAGUAUUUUCGUGGGAUCUACCUGACUGACAGAUUCACAUAUGUUUCUUGUGCCCGGAUGGCCACUUCUCGCAUAGUCUGGUGACGUACAUAUGUACCUUGUUUAGCAAUUAGCGUCGGACAGUCAUCUUCUGGAUCAACUUCACUAUCUAUUCUUUUAUCACAUUACAUCGAGGGAGCGCAUUGACAUAAAGCCGG